AUGGGGGAGAGCAAGCAUAGCAUUAAGCUAUUUGGUGUUGAUAUCAGUAGUGAUGAUAAUGGGGAUUCGGUUGUUUCAGGAUCAAGAAACAAGAGAAGUGAAGAUGAAGACAAGGGUAUAUCUGAAGUUGAAAAAACAGGGGAUGCUUCAAGUUCAAGAACAGAGGAACUAGGGUGCAGCAGUAAUAGCAUUGAACUAUUUGAUGUUAAGAUCAAUUAUGGGGAUUCGAUUGUUUUACGAUCAAGAAACAAGAGAAGAAUAUGUAGUGAAGAUGCACAGAAGUGUACAUCUGAAGUUGAAGAAAUUGAAAAAACAAGGGAUGUUUCAAGUUCAAGAACCAAGGAAAUAGGCUGUAGCAGUAACAACAAUGAACUAUUUGAUGUUGAGAUGUAUACUGAGAUUCAUGAUGAUAAUGGAGAUUCGGUUGUUUUAGGAUCAACAAAAAAGGAAGGAGAUUGGACUAAUGAUGAACACAAGGCAUUCUUGAUUGGAUUGGAGAGACUUGGAAAACCAAAUUGGACUGGAAUUGCCAAAGAAUUUGUGCCAAGUAGAACGAAUAUACAAGUUUACAACCAUGCCCAGAAAUAUUUUGCACGACUCGAGGCUAACAAUAACAAAGCAGCAAGUCGACUAGUAAUGUAA